CGCUGCGCAGGCGCUGUUGAGUUGACGGAGCUUUUGGUUUGUGUUCACAAACCUGUGUGACCUAGCUCAGGCCUCUUUCUCUUUUUGACAGGUGUUCCCAGGGGUGGAAGCGACCACUGCACGAAAGACAAGGGACUACAGACUCAGGACCGGUCAGCGCCAUGGGCAGCAGCUGCCGCAUCGAAUGCAUAUUCUUCAGCGAAUUCCACCCAACGCUAGGACCCAAAAUUACCUAUCAGGUCCCUGAGGAUUUCAUCUCCCGAGAGCUGUUUGACACUGUCCAAGUGUACAUCAUCACCAAGCCUGAGUUACAGAACAAGCUUAUCACCGUCACGGCCAUGGAGAAGAAGCUGAUUGGCUGCCCUGUGUGCAUUGAACACAAGAAGUACAGCCGCAAUGCCCUCCUCUUCAACUUGGGCUUCGUGUGUGAUGCUCAGGCCAAGACUUGUGCCCUUGAACCCAUUGUUAAAAAGCUGGCUGGCUACUUGACCACACUGGAGCUCGAAAGCAGCUUUGUGUCCACAGAGGAGAGCAAGCAGAAGUUGGUGCCUAUCAUGGCCAUCUUACUGGAAGAACUAAAUGCCUCUGGCCGAUGCACUCUACCCAUUGAUGAAUCCAACACCAUCCACUUGAAGGUGAUUGAGCAGCGGCCCGACCCUCCUGUGGCUCAGGAGUAUGAUGUGCCCGUCUUUACCAAAGACAAAGAGGAUUUCUUCAACUCGCAGUGGGACCUCACAACACAGCAGAUCCUGCCCUACAUUGAUGGCUUCCGCCAUGUCCAAAAGAUCUCUGCUGAGGCAGACGUCGAGCUCAACCUGGUGCGCAUUGCCAUUCAGAACCUGCUGUACUAUGGUGUUGUGACACUGGUCUCCAUCCUCCAGUACUCCAAUGUGUACUGCCCGACUCCAAAAGUCCAGGACCUGGUAGAUGACAAGUCUCUGCAGGAGGCGUGUCUCUCCUACGUCACCAAACAAGGGCACAAAAGGGCCAGUCUCCGAGACGUAUUCCAGCUGUACUGCAGUCUGAGCCCCGGCACCACUGUGCGAGACCUCAUCGGCCGCCACCCCCAGCAGUUGCAGCACGUCGAUGAGAGGAAGCUAAUCCAGUUUGGGCUUAUGAAGAACCUCAUCCGGAGACUACAGAAGUAUCCAGUUCGAGUGUCUCGGGAGGAACGGAGCCACCCUGCCCGCCUUUACACAGGCUGCCACAGCUAUGAUGAGAUCUGCUGCAAGACAGGCAUGAGCUACCACGAACUGGAUGAACGACUAGAAAACGACCCCAACAUCAUCAUUUGCUGGAAGUGAGGCUGACUGGAGCAUAUUGCCAUGGCUACUUGCCCCUGCUACGCCCUCAUUGGUCCACGGGGGCCAGACAAGUAGGCUAGUGCAUAUGGCCUGCAGGUGAUCCUCGGUUCUGUGAAUCAAGUCAUCUCUUUCGUCCUGUGGAAUUUUGAAUACUGGCUCAGCCAAUCACUAAAGAUGUGAAUGUGCCAUCUAGCCUGGCCGGGCUGGAAUGCCAUCUAGUGGACAGAAGUGACAAUGGCCAAGUAAACAGUAUGGUUUUGGUUU